GACAUUGUUGCUGCUGUAAACAUAAAUUUUAGGAAUUUUAAAAUGCCAGUGAGAAAGUUUGGUACGAUACACGAAGCAGUCCGACAUGGCGAUGUUGAAGAAAUGGAAGGAAUGGUAAAAGAUGGUGCAAGUAUCAAUGAAAUAGAUGAUGGUCAUAAAUUUACACCAUUACAUUGGGCUUGUCAAGUUGGUGCAAUAGAGUGUUUACACUGGUUGCUAUGGCAUGGUGCAGACAGUACAGUGGCGACUCCUAGGGGCUGGACCCCCGCACAUAUAGCUGCCAUAAGAGGUCAGGAUGCGUGCAUGCAGGCUUUAGGUAACAAUGGUUCCAAUCUCUCAGCUCAGGAUGCCAGGGGAAGCACCCCAGCCCAUCUAGCAGCUGCUCAUGGCAACUCAUUUACACUACAUACAAUACUGAGAGCAGGCACUGAGGUGAACUCUACAGACAGGAAUGGUUGGAACCCUGCCCAUAGUGCUUGUUACCAUGGUAGACUGGGGUGUUUACAGCUGCUGAUGAGGUGGGGGGCUAAUGUAGAGGAUGUGGACAACAAUGGAAACACAGCAGCCCAUUUAGCUGCGAUGGAGGGCCACUUAGCAUGCCUCAAGUUUCUAGUUGCCCAGGGGCAGUCUCCAACUCAUGUCCUUGGGGCAAGAAAUGACCAGGGGGAAACCCCUAAAGUUCUAGCUCAACAGUUCUAUAAGGAGAAUGUUGUAGACUACAUCAGUGGCAUAGAAUGGGAGCGAGACCACCCUGAAGAUGAAGAAAAUCUUGCAUUCCCAGCACACGUUGCCUCAUACAAUGGUGACCUUGAACACCUGAGAAUGUUGGUGGAGAAUGGAGUUGUCAACAUCAAUGAGAGAGAUGAUAAGGGAGCUACACCUAUGCAUAAAGCUGCAGGUCAAGGUCACAUUCACAUCUUGCAAUGGAUGAUAGAACUUGGUGCUAACGCAGAUGUACGAAACCAAGCAGGAGAAACACCUAGAGAUGUUGCACAGAGGUUUGGACAACUGGCUGCCCUCAAACUUCUGGGUGGCGAUGAACAAGAGGAUGAUGCUGAAGAUGCCCCAAGCAAUAUACUCAAACGAUAUGAAUCAGACGAAGAAUAUCCAGGGGAAGAUGAAGUAGAAGAUGGGGUUUCUAGACCCCCACAUGGUAACACUGAAGGCGAUACAAUCACUAUGAGUACAAGACAAAAGAGGGAAGCUAGAGGUAGAGCAAAGAAGAAACUGGAUGAGCUUGAAAGAUUGAUUGAGAUUGCACGUAAGAAUUUCUCCCAACUUGGCGGGAAGAUGAAGGAAGAUCGGAAAAAGAUACAGGAAGAUCGGGAAAAUGUCAGGACUAUCAAUGAGCUGCAGGCACAAUUGGACUAUGAGCGUAUCAGACGUGAGAAACUAGAGGCACAGCUUGACGAAUACAGAAGGGAGAUAGCAUUCUUACACUCCAGAUUAGAGGCAGGAACUGAACCAAGCAUGCUAAGUGAUGAUGACUACAGCUAUAGACAGCCUAGUGCUACAAAGAAGAAGAAAUCCAGGAAAACAAAAGUGAAGAAGGAAGAAGGAGGUGUCUUUAUUAAGAGGAAUAUGGCACCAAGAAAAUCAAACUUCAAAAUACUAUAACUAAGAACAAUUAGAAAUCAGAAAUCAUCUCCAAUCAUUGAAGCAACCAAUGUGAAAAAUGAAGUAAAAUGCCUUAUGAGGUCACAUGACGACAUAUAUCCAAGACAGUCAUAGUUGGAUUAAUUUCUUAAUUUUUACAUUUCUUCCAACCUAAAAACAAUUACAAAAUCAGUCAUCGCCAAUCAGAUAUCCGGUAUUAAAAUCAAGUUGAGUACUAGUAUUGAAAGAUUAUGAUUUUGAAUAGUUUGACCACUCUUUGUCAAAUAUCAUGAAUAUGUAAAGUUUGAGAAACUGGAAGGGGAUGCAAUUAUACUGCAUGGCAGAGUGUAAAAUAUUUGGUAGAAGUUGGUAGGAUUGAAGACUUAAAAUAUAUGACAAGUCUUCAGAAUUGAUCAUGUGUAUGUAGUAAUAGUCUUGUACUUUUAGGCUAUUUGAAACUGCCAGUAUGGAAAUAUAUGGAUUUCCCAAUUUGCAGAUUUCUAGCUUGAUUCAGAAAUCAAUUAUUUUUUAUAGUAAUGAUAGCAAAUAAGUUAAUUGUCCAAUUUAGCAACAAUUCCUUGUAAUUCAAUUCCAGAAGUGACUAAGCGGAAACUGUUAAUUUCAACGGACUUGUUUAAGUCACUUGUACAGGGUGAACCAAAAAAUGCAAACCGGCCAUGCAUAUGCUACAGUGAUUAAACUUUGUCAACUUAAAGAACAUUGAACCAACUUUAAGUAUGUCAAAAAACGAUUUGUCAUCUCUAUCGGUUAAAAAGAUAUGCAUUGUAGGGUAAGUUGAAUUUCUUGGUACACCCUGUAUUUGUCAGAUUAAUUUUGUAUUAAGGGCUAGUGCACUCCAUAUGCAAAAACACCUAACUCUGGAUGAUGUAAAAAUAUUCAUGAUAUUUACAUUGAAACCUGUAAACUUGAAAAUCUCUAGAUGUGGAACACCUUUGUU